CAAUGUGUGCGUGUGUGAAUGUUGCAAAGCUUAGUUUAUAAGGAAGUACUGGCUUCCUUUGGACCAAAGUCUUCCAAGGUGAUACGGAAAACAGGCUUCGCUGCCCAAGACACAAAGAAUCUUCUGGAGCGCGUUGGGAAGGAUCCCGGCAAUUUUUAACCAGAGCUGAAAAUCACAGGAGACUUUGGGCGGAGAGCAUGAGUGAGAUGCAUAUCCAUGACGCAAUCCUGAAAGCGGACUUUCGCCUGGCGAGGAGGCUGGUCGAGUCGGGGAUGGACGUCGACGUGAGGGACAGUGCUGGGAGAACCGCCCUGAUGCUCUGCGCUUUGCACGAUGGGGAGAUGUGGGCUGUGGGCGUGGCCAGGAUGCUGCUCAUUCAUGGGGCGAGGGCGGGGCUCUGUGACCGACGGGGCCGCUCCGCGCUCAUGUACGCUGCCCUGUAUGGGAGACUGCCACUCGCCAUGCUGCUCAUCCGGGCUCUCGACUCGGAUCUGAAUCACAUCGACCUUGAGGGACGGACGGCACUGCGCCACGCUGCCGAUGGGGGCAACAUCACAAUCUAUGCCCUGCUCCUGGACGCUAUGAAGAAAUACGGCUUCAGCUGGGACACGUCUGUAGCGAGCGUCUUCCCUUCUGACCCCCGCGGUGGAAGACGCAAGCAGAAACCCUCAGACAGGAUGACUCAUAGCAUCAGUGGGCAGUCACUCGACAAGAAAAGCCAAACGUUCUGGAAAGAUCUGCCAUAUAAGACCAUCCCUGCCGACCUCUGGGAAAAAAGGCAAGCUUUUUACCAGCUACCAUCCAAGGGGUUGCCUGAACUCACUGAGGAGAGGAAGACGAGGAUCGCAAAACCAGACCGAAUGAACACCAGCUCUGCUGCAGUGGGCUGGAGGGUAGACAUGGUUAGCCUGCGGGAGGCGCUACAGGUACAGCUUAGCCCUUCCUACAGGCCAGAGGCCCGAGCACUCCCUGGGUUGCAGCACCUGUGUCAGGCACCCCCUCCACCAGAGCAGGUGGUGAAGGGUAGGAAGCUGUCCUUGGAUGGCGCCUGUGAGGCCUUAACACAGAAGAGGCUGCAGGAGAGAGUGACACACCGCCGCAGCAGCGUGGCCGCCAUCCCUCUGAGCUGCCUCAACCGCCAACGCAGCACGGCAGGCCUACAGAGACGGGCAGAAAGCAGAGCCAUGUGGAAGCCUCCCAGCUCAGCUAACUGACUACAGAAGGCACACAAGUAGAGCAGUGAUCCUGCAAUCAUUUCUUUUUUAAUCUAUAUUUUCUAAUACUGAUGUGAAAAAGCUAACAUUAAUCACUAUUAUGAAAAGGAAGUACCAGUUUAUGACACAAAAUGUGUGUGAAAAUGGUUAAUCAGCAGUUUCUUUCAGAAUACUGAGAUCUUGCAUUUGAAGUCUUUGACAUGAAACCACAUUUACAGUCUUAACAUGACGAAUGCGUCUGAAAUCCAAUCGUACAUGUUUACGGUAUUGCACUCUCAAUAUGCUGUAAAUUGUUUUGUCCAUUGUAGCACCUUAUGUUGCCUGUUAUCCGCACGUCACAGUGGAACUGAAGGCACGAAAUUUAGUGAACUUGAUAUUUUAAAUUGCUCUUACGAUGCAUAAAAAUAACAAUAAAUUGACAUAAAUCCACUUAUCUAAGCUACUUAGAUAUUUAUACAUUUCAUAAACACAAAACCGUCGAACUGACUACGUGCGAAUGGGAAGAAAAUCUUCCUUUCAGUCUGAAAAAAAUCGCAGUGUUUAUAACAUGAUUGUUUCCUGGGGGGUCAUGUGUUUUUGACACCGACAGAUGCAUUUCGCCGUAUCUACCGGUGAAAAUGGGAAAAAAGAGAAUUUAUGAGUUUCUGCCAUAAGCUCUCGACGCCUUGAAGAAUCUUUAAGAGCAGAAUAUUUACACAUCGGCUAAGCCGCUCAAAGUAUAACAACAUUUGACACAAGCUACACAUUGGCUGCAUGCAUGCGUGCAUACGUAAUGACGCAAGACGUCGUGACGAUUACUUGUAUUAUCCAAUGAGAGAAGAGCAUCUUGGGUUUGAAUUUGGAGCAGGCGGUUAAAGUUUGUAGCUCGCUUAAUGGGAAGCCGUCAGAGAGAAUCACAUUAUCAUCAUUUAGGAAUUUGCUCCGUAUCUACACACAUACGACAGUAGGAUAUCAUCCAGAAGAGGACUACUAAAGCAUAGCGCUCCUGCGAUGCAGUCCACUAACAGGUCGCCGCUGAGAAGCCUGCAGAAUGAGCUGCAACACUCCCACGGGAACCAACGUUCGGCUCGAUUUGCAAUAAGGGGUGAAGUGACAAGCUGUAAGUCGGAGCCGCGUCCUGUCUGCGCUCGCCGUUCACCUGCCGCUGUAAUUCUGCCAGAUGACAGGGAGCACAUGAAGGAGAAUGUAGCGGAUGUGAAAAUGGCCAAGUGUAGUUCAGCUGUUUUGUACAGUAUGGAGAUUGUGAAAAAAGAAAAUGAGAAACAACUGGAUGGUGAGGGAAUGAAGACCGUAGCUCCUCUGGAUGAACGAUUUGAUGAUGUGAGUAGUGACGCAGUUCCAGUCGCUGAUGAAGAUGCUGUUGGCCAGCAGUGUGGCGAUGGAGUUGGUCACAUUACACUGAAAUCCUUCGUGUGCACUGGAGCUGAUAUUGAGAUCUCAGAUGCCUCCAGACUUUCAGAGGAGACUGUUUUGCCUUUACCUGAAGAUCAAGUUGGCCAAAGUUUUGUCGUCUGUGGAAAUGAGAGCAAUGCUGUUGAAGAUUUGGAAGACCCAGUCCCACCGUCCAGCAGUGAGCAUAAAGACCAUGCUUACUGUAUGGAGAAGGAAAGUAGGAUUUUGGGAGAUGAGCUACCUGGUUCUGAAACAUCUUGUAUUUUGACGGGGUCAGAUGCAAAUGCUGAGAACAUGGUCCAAGUUGCUCUCUGCUCUGAGAGUUUAAAGGGCACUGAAAGAGAUGAACAUUCUUGUGCUCCAGUUGAUCAGGAAGGUUCCAGGGAAUCCCGUCUGACAGUGCGAGUUGAGCAGAGUGUAGAUGAGCAUCAGCAGCCUGAACUUUCUAGAAUCACUGACCAGUCCCUGCCACACGUCAUUUUGACGCUGGCGGCCAGUCCGGUAUUAAAUGCUUCUCUUUGGCAAAAUGUGGAUGAUGCAGUUGGUUUAAUUGCAGGGAGUUCUACGCCAUAUGUGGGUAAGAAACUUCAGGUAGAUGCAGAUCCCAUGUUUCCAAGGGACUUGCAGGAGAAUGGAGCAGCCCAAACCGGCGCUGGAACGUCCCGCGACAGUGGCCUCUCUAUUCUGCACUCCCAGGAAGGCUCUGAGGACCCUUUCACUCUCUCCUCCCCAAAGAUCCUUCAUACUACUCUCUCACGGAGUCCUCGCUUGAGGGAGCAGACGCCAGAUCCCGCCCAGCCUCAGGAUGAGUUUUUGGGCCACGUGCCGGCAGAUGGUAGCACCCUUCCAGGACGGCGUGCAGAAUGUACCCCAGCUGCUCUUGAUAAUCACAAUAGCCUCCUGGGUGGUCGAGUGAGUGGCAUGUGGACUGAGAACCUGGAGAGUCCCAUGCCACCACCUCGGCUGAACUCCACUGCACUGAGCUUGGAGCUGUUGCAGCCUGACGUCCUGGAGGCCGCUGUCGGGGUCCCCGCAGACCCCUUUCCCGGCAGGACCAUGCCCCUGCAGCAGCAGCUCCUGCAGAUGGCGGAAUUGCUCAUCCGCACGUCGGGGAACCUCUGCGUCGGUGCGGCGCCUGCAGAGUGCCACAGUGUCAGCACCUGGACCAGCCCCGUCCGGCUGAGCGAGCAGAGUGUCAACACCUCUGGCGUCUUCGAGCGGAAGAGGGAGUUCUCUGUGGCUGAAGCCAGUACCAGCACAGACUCCCUGCUAUGGAACCUUUCCCCUGGAAGCCUGGCCUCGGCCUCCAGGCAGGAGCUGGAGCAGCGGCUGACCUCCACGCUAGUCAUGGUGGAGGCUCUAUCUCAGCAGCUGUCCUGUAUCAGAGCUCAGAACCAGUCUCGUGGCCCGGGACCCUCCGAGCUCCGGGAGAAGUUCAUCCAGACGGACCAUACUGAGCUGAACCAGGUGGUGAUGUACAAAGAGCUGUAUAUUAAAGCUCUGGAGAAGAUCAGCGCUCUUGAGUUGGACCAGGAGGCUAUGAAGAAUCUUCUCCACGGUAUGCAGGAUGUCAAGGCCGCCGUGGUUGCCAUCAGCACAGAAACUCAAGAUGCUCUGACUAGGUUGAAUGAAAUUGCUCAUCUUACCAGCGAUGAACACAACGGUGUCUGUAAACAGAUGGUCCAGAUGAGGGCGCUGUACGGGCAGUGCAGGGAGGCCCUGCGGAGGAUGGGUGAGAAGGCCAGCGGCUGCCUGCAGGAGCGUGAGCAGAUGAGGCAGCGGAUGGAGGAGGCGCUGCAGGCCAAGGCGGCGGCCUUCGAAGUGACAGAGCAGCUGAGGGCUCGCUGUGCCGCUAGGAUAGCGGCGCUCGAGCAGAGCCUGGGCUCUCACCUGGAGGUGAAGGAGGCGCUCACCCAGUCCUACCUGGAGCAGGCUUCAUUAAACAAGGAAUAUGUAGACUCCCUUCAAGCCGCAAAUGAACUGCUGGAGUCUUCCAUAUGCAGCCAGAACUCUCUGCAGGAAGAGCUGUGCCAAGCUCGACGUCUCCUGCAGCGGGCUGGCCCGAUUGUGCAGGGAAUGUGGAACAGGACUGCCACUGCCCUGGGGGAGGCGGAGACACGGGGGAUGGAGCGGGACCAGGCGGUGGUAGAGAAAAUCAGGAUGGAAGAUGAACUGGCUCGGAUGGUAUCGGACCUCCGGGAAGCUACCCAGCAGAUUGGGGAUCUCAGUCUGCAGAUGGCCAUUGUGAACUCAGAGAUGUCUGUGCUGCGGCAACGGCUGAACGAGGCAGAGGAGGAGCGUGACGGGCUGCGGAUGAAGAAUACGGAGAUGUCCGCCUCUGUGUCAUCCAUCCAGGCCUCCUACGCCUUCCUGCAGCAGGCCCUGGCCGACGAGACCGACAAGUCACAGCAGGCAUCUGAAGAAGUGAGAGAGGCCACUGAACGCAUCCACAGCUUGGAGGCAGAUCUUGGGCAGUCUCAGGACCAGAUUAAGGAGCUGGGUCAGGCCCUGGCCGAGCGAGACCAGCAGCUGGAGGAGCUGCAGAGGCAGGCUGAGGGCCACGUCCAGCAGCUGCGGCAUCUCCAGGACAUCCAGAUGCAGCUGUCUACUGCCAGGGAGAUGAAUGAAUUCCUGCAGGCUGAGAAUGAGCUGUCCCGAGAGCAGGUGGCGGAGACCGAGGGCCUGCUCCGCUCGCACCUGCAGGGCCUGAGGGAGCGGAAUCUGCAGUGCGAGGACCUGAAGCAAGCCCUGACUCACCUCCAGAAGGAACGUGACUCCGUUCAGGAGGAGCUGGACAGCACCCAGGAAAGGGCGCGCCGCAUGCUGCUGGGUAUGGGUGAGAAACUGGUCCAGGCCUCUGUGGAAGUGGCUCUUCUGCACCACCGAGUGAGAGGUCUCACCAUCAGCCUGCAGGGGGCGCUCUCAGAUGGGGAGAAGCCCGAUGGUGCCCCCAAGGACCCGUCAGCCGGGACGUCACGCCGCGUCGGCACGUCCUUCGUGGAUACGGUCAUGGAUGCCAUCUCUGCCGACGACAUGCCGCAGUGUGAGACCGCUGCUGUAGGGGGGAGCGUGCAGGAGGAGAUGAGCAACAGAUGUAGCGCGUUCACUCGCGUCAAUCCCACCACUCCAAAGAAGGAGGAAGAAGAGGAUCAGAACAACGUGCUGGAGUUGCUCUCAGGGCUGGGGGAGGCCAUGUCUGAGCUCGGUGCUGCCGCUGGACAGCUGCAGGAGCUGAAGGACGCCAAGCAGGUCGAGCUGGAGCAGACUGUUGCCAGCCUACAGAGGGAGCUGCAGGCACUCUCACGCAGUCACGGGUGUGAAGUCUCCGACCUGAAGGAGCAGAACAGCCGCCUUCAGGCACAGGUGGACCAUAAUGCAGUGUCACUGCAGCAGAAGGCCCAGGAUGAGAAAGCGCUGAGGCAGCUUUGCAUGGAGAUGGACCAAAGCCAGGAGCUCCUCAAUAUGCACCGGGCUGAAAAUACUGAGCUGCGUAGGGAGGUCUCAGGGCUUCAGCUCUCCCUGCAGCGGGCCCAGCUGGAGGUGCAGGCCUUGAGGGAGGAGCUUGCCAGUGGCCAGUCGGCACCCAACCUCGAGGCUCUCAACGAGAAGAUCUUGUUGCGGAGUGAGGUGGAGAGGCUUAAGAGGAGCCUUGCAGAGUCCGAGGACAGCAGAUUUAAACUCGUGGAACGAGCCAAGAGACACCGGCUGGUCCAUGAAACCAACCAGAGGAAAGUGGAACGGGAGCUACAGCUACUGGAUGAGAUGAUAGAGACCGUGAGAAAGACACUCUCCUCUGUUCCAGCUGUGGUACAGGGUUGCCAGGAACUGCAAAGACUUGUGGAAUACCUUGGAUGAUUGUGAAUAUUGUGGAAUCCUUUUACGUAAAACCACAAUUAUGAAAGUUACUUGCCUCUGAAAUGGUUUUAUGUGUUUGUUUUAUAUACUAAAACUGAAUAAACUUAAAUGGAAAAUAAA